GUGGGUGAGUGUUCGUGAAAAGGAUAAGAAGAGAGAGAGAGAGAGAGAGAGAGAGAGAGAGUCUCACACUCUGUAAGACUGUAUUGCUCUGAGACUGAUCUCAGAGAUAUUGAGAGAGCUGAAAAAAUGGCAGCUUAUCAAUUUUCUGUUUCUCAGAGUAAAACACUGUCGUUUUGGCAUUACGAUUCUCGCUCAAGCUUGAUCGAUUUCAGCUGCAGGACCAGCAAAUCAAAGCUGUUAUUCGUCAGGACCUUCAAUCCAUUGCCAUUGAGAAGGCGGAAAUCAUUUUCAGUGAAGUGCGUUUCCAGUGAGCCAACUCAGAAACUUGAUGAUCCGAUCGCCCAGGAAGAAGCUCCAAACACAGUCAAUUCAUUCGCACUAGAUGCAUCAUCCAUUGCUUCAAGUAUCAAGUACCAUGCAGAGUUCACCCCGUACUUUUCUCCUGAGAAAUUUGAGCCUCCAAAGGCUUUCUUUGCAACUGCACAAAGUGUCCGUGAUGCCCUCAUCAUCAACUGGAAUACCACAUAUGAUUAUUAUGAAAAAUUAAAUGUUAAACAGGCAUAUUAUUUAUCAAUGGAGUUUCUACAGGGUAGAGCGCUGUUAAAUGCAAUUGGGAAUUUAGAGCUCACAGGUGCUUAUGCUGAGGCUUUAACCAAGCUUGGACACAAAUUAGAAAAUAUAGUCUCUCAGGAGCCAGAUGCUGCACUCGGUAAUGGUGGUCUUGGGCGGCUGGCAUCGUGCUUUUUGGAUUCUUUGGCAACUUUAAACUAUCCAGCAUGGGGUUAUGGACUUAGAUACAAGUAUGGUUUAUUUAAACAGCGGAUAACAAAAGAUGGUCAGGAAGAAGUUGCUGAGGAUUGGCUGGAGUUGGGAAAUCCCUGGGAAAUUGUGAGAAAUGAUGUCUCAUAUCCUGUAAAAUUUUACGGCAAGGUUGUUUCUGGAGCAGAUGGUAAAAGGCAUUGGAUUGGAGGAGAAGAUAUAAAGGCAGUUGCCUACGAUGUUCCAAUACCAGGAUACAAAACUAAAACAACAACCAACCUACGACUUUGGUCAACAAAAGCUCCAUCAGGAGAUUUGGAUUUAUCUGCUUUUAAUGCUGGGGAUCAUACCAAAGCAUAUGAGGCCCUAGCUAAUGCUGAAAAGAUUUGCUUUAUACUGUACCCUGGGGAUGAAACGGAGGAGGGCAAGAUCCUACGAUUGAAGCAGCAAUAUACCUUAUGUUCAGCUUCUCUCCAAGAUAUUAUUGCACGUUUUGAGAGAAGAUCUGGAGAUUUCAUAAAAUGGGAAGAUUUCCCUGAGAAGGUUGCAGUACAGAUGAAUGAUACUCACCCAACUCUCUGCAUCCCUGAGCUGAUGAGAAUUUUGAUUGAUUUGAAGGGUUUAAGUUGGAAAGACGCAUGGAAUAUCACUCAAAGAACUGUUGCAUAUACGAAUCAUACUGUUCUUCCCGAGGCAUUAGAGAAAUGGAGUUUAGAACUCGUGCAAAAAUUGCUCCCUCGACAUAUUGAGAUUAUUGAAUUGAUAGACGAGGAGCUUGUUAGCACAAUAGUUUCAGAGUAUGGUACAGAGGAUCUUGACUUAUUAGAGGAGAAACUGAAGGAGAUGAGAAUUUUAGAACAUGUAGAUUUGCCUGCUCCUUUCGCUGAUUUACUGGUUAAGCCUAUAGAAAGCUCCAUUGUAGUUCCCACUGAGGAACUUGAAAAUUCUGAAGAAGUUGAACCUGUUGGUGAGAAAGAUGAAUCUGAAGAGAAAGAUGAAUCUGAAGAGAAAGAUGAAUCUGAAGAGAUUGAUGAAUCUGAAGAGAAAGAUCCUGAGGAGGAGGAGGAACAGGUGUUGCCAGAGCCAUUACCAGAACCACCAAAGUUGGUUCGUAUGGCUAAUCUCUGUGUUGUGGGUGGUCAUGCAGUAAACGGGGUUGCAGAGAUACAUAGUGAAAUAGUAAAGGAUGAAGUAUUCAAUGCAUUUUUCAAGUUGUGGCCUGAGAAAUUCCAAAACAAAACAAAUGGUGUGACACCCAGAAGAUGGAUCCGGUUUUGUAAUCCAGGUUUGAGUAAAAUAAUUUCAGAUUGGAUUGGCACAGAAGAAUGGGUCCUAAACACUGAAAGACUAGCAGAAUUACGAAAGUUUGCAGAUAACGAGGAUCUCCAAACUCAAUGGAAAGCAACAAAAAGGAGCAACAAGCUGAAAGUUGUGUCCUUCCUUAAAGAAAAAACAGGCUAUUCUGUCAGUCCUGAUGCACUGUUUGACAUCCAGGUGAAGCGAAUUCAUGAAUACAAAAGGCAAAUGUUGAACAUCUUAGGAAUUGUUUAUCGCUACAAAAAGAUGAAAGAAAUGAGUGCUUCGGAAAGGAAAGCAAAAUUUGUUCCACGAGUUUGUAUAUUUGGGGGAAAGGCAUUUGCAACAUACGUUCAAGCAAAGAGAAUUGUGAAAUUUAUCACUGAUGUUGGCGCUACAGUAAACCAUGAUCCGGAUAUAGGUGACUUACUGAAGGUUGUGUUCGUCCCAGAUUAUAAUGUUAGUGUUGCUGAAUUGCUGAUUCCUGCAAGUGAACUCUCACAACAUAUCAGUACUGCUGGGAUGGAAGCCAGUGGAACCAGUAACAUGAAGUUUGCAAUGAAUGGCUGCAUACAGAUUGGUACUUUGGAUGGGGCUAAUGUUGAGAUAAGAGAAGAGGUCGGAGAAGACAACUUUUUCCUUUUUGGUGCAAAGGCCCAUGAGAUUGCUGGGCUGAGGAAAGAAAGAGCUGAGGGGAAGUUUGUUCCUGACCCACGGUUUGAAGAAGUCAAGAAAUUUGUCAGAAGUGGUGUUUUUGGCCCUUACAAUUAUGAUGAACUGAUGGGAUCCUUGGAAGGAAAUGAAGGUUAUGGACGUGCAGAUUAUUUCCUUGUGGGCAAGGACUUUCCCAGUUAUAUUGAAUGCCAAGAGAAGAUUGACGAGGCAUAUCAGGACCAAAAGAGAUGGACGAGAAUGUCAAUCUUGAAUACAGCCGGCUCAUACAAGUUUAGCAGCGACAGAACCAUUCACGAGUAUGCUAAAGACAUAUGGAAUAUUAAACCUGUAGAGCUACCGUAGAAGAUGAUACGUAUAGCCGGUAACAAUGAUCGACCUGCCUCAUGGUUUUGAUGACCAGUUACCUCUGUUGUUGCUAUACCAUUGUGUUAGGAUCCUCCUUGACUGCGUCUCUCCGUACGAGUUCCUUUUUAAUAUGUAUAUUUCUUUUUUCCUCCCAUGUAAAGUACUAAAUAAAUUCCACGGGUAUAGAGUUGUAUCUCAAUAAAACUACAAUCCUGAUAAGGAUUUUUGUAUUUAGUGUGUAAAACUCUGUUCUUAUGUACUUCGGAAGUUAUAAAUUUAGCUUCAAUCUUGUUGUCUCUACCUCAAAGAAA